AAAAAUAAAACAAGAAACACGAGGUGGGUGCCUGCCUGCGGAUAAAGCCAACAGUACUCUGGUCUCAGCAAUCACUCGUGGUCGUGCGCCUGCCCCCCUCUCUCUCUCUCUCUCUCUCUCUCUCUCUCAGUCGGUGCCAUGGCGAUCUCUCUUCAACUCUGCCGAAUUCCUACUCGUAAGGACCUCUUCUUUCCCGAGAUCCUCUCAGGAGCCGGAGCUCUCCGUUUCCGGAAGCCUCUUUCCGUCCGAUGUGCCGGCGAUUCUUCAUCUCCUUCGUCUUCGGUGGCGGUCGACUCCGAUUUCGAUGCGAAGGUUUUCAGGAAGAACUUGACGAGGAGCGAUAAUUAUAAUCGGAAAGGCUUCGGUCGCAAGGAGGAGACACUGGAGCUCAUGAACCGCGAGUACACCAGUGACAUCAUAAAGACUUUGAAGGAAAAUGGAAAUGAGUAUAAAUGGGGAAAUGUUACCGUGAAGCUGGCGGAAGCUUACGGUUUUUGCUGGGGCGUUGAGCGGGCUGUCCAAAUUGCUUAUGAAGCGAGGAAACAGUUUCCAGAUGAGAGGAUUUGGAUUACUAAUGAUAUUAUUCAUAACCCAACUGUUAAUAAGCGGUUAGAGGAGAUGGAGGUGCAGAAUAUUCCCAUUGAGGAAGGGGAGAAGCAGUUUGAUGUUGUUGACAAGGGUGAUGUUGUCAUUUUGCCUGCUUUUGGAGCUGCAGUGGAAGAGAUGUUGACUUUGAGUGACAAAAAUGUACAAAUUGUGGACACAACUUGUCCAUGGGUGUCUAAGGUCUGGAAUACUGUUGAGAAGCAUAAGAAAGGUGAUUACACCUCAAUCAUUCAUGGAAAAUAUGCUCAUGAGGAAACUGUAGCAACUGCAUCUUUUGCAGGGAAGUAUAUUAUUGUCAAGAGUAUGGCAGAGGCAAUGUAUGUAUGUGACUACGUUCUUGGGGGUGAACUUAAUGGAUCUAGCUCAACCAAAGAGGAAUUUCUACAAAAAUUUAAAAAUGCAGUCUCAAAGGGCUUUGAUCCAGAUAAUGACUUGGUAAAAGUUGGCAUUGCAAAUCAGACAACAAUGCUUAAGGGAGAAACAGAAGAGAUUGGGAAGUUAGUAGAAAGGACAAUGAUGCGCAAGUAUGGAGUGGAAAACGUUAAUGAGCACUUCAUAAGCUUCAAUACCAUUUGUGAUGCUACUCAAGAGCGUCAAGAUGCGAUGUAUAAGCUGGUGGACGAAAAGCUAGAUCUUAUGUUGGUGGUUGGUGGGUGGAACUCAAGCAAUACCUCACACCUACAAGAGAUUGCAGAGGCCCGUGGAAUCCCCUCAUAUUGGGUUGACAGUGAACAGAGAAUAGGUCCUGGAAAUAAAAUAGCAUAUAAGCUCAAUCAUGGCGAGUUGGUUGAAAAAGAAAACUGGCUACCGAAGGGUCCCAUAACACUGGGUGUAACAUCUGGUGCCUCAACUCCAGAUAAGGUAGUUGAGGAUGUUCUUAUCAAGGUGUUUGACAUAAAACGUGAAGAAGCCUUGCAACUGGUGUAAUUUAGGUUGGUCUAGAUGUAUGCAUCAGCUAGCUUAAACAUUAUAGUUGGAAUGUUCAGAAUUUAUCAAUAGAUGUUCUAAACUUAGUGCCCCUAUGCGACGGCCUCUGGUUCUGAUGCAGAUAAUGUUGUACAUAAUUCCGUUGUCUUCAAGAUGACUCUUUACAGACAUGAUGAAAAAGAAAAUGUUGGGCAUCAAUGAAAUUGCCCCUUUAAACAUA